UUUAGUUGAUACCAUAAUCUUAUGGUGUUCGGCGUUCAUUGUAAACGGUGAGUUCUGCGACUGAAUAUUGCGGUCACGGUAAGAUUACCGCCACAUUCAAUUCACUAUUUUUGUGUUUUAAAGUGUGCUUCGUAUCCUGAUUGGAAGUAACUGAUAUAGGAUAGUUCAAAGACAAAAGAACAAUGAAGUAGGUACUGCUGAUUUCUGCUCCUGUAUAGACAAAUAUUAAAUGGGUGCCAUAAAUAUAUUAAUAGAGCGAUCCUAUAAUGGCUCAAUUUAAUAGAUGGUCAGUGCUGAAACUUAUUGAAGUGAUACUGGUCUUGGUAUGUCUUACGUUUAAACGUGUGACCGACGACGAGGCAUCACGAGUGUUUUUGUACCUGCAGAAAGUGUCAAGAGAAUGGAGUUUGUUAAAUAAUAUAACCUGGAGUAAAGUUGGAGCUGCUGCAGCAGAUGUCACUUAUGGGGGUUAUUUGAUAAUUACUGGUGCCCUAUUCCUGGGACAUAUUGUUGGAGAAUUGCCAACGACGAAAAGAGUAACAGAAUAUGUAUUUCUGGGUAUUGGAAUUAUCUUGUUUACAGUAAUGGGAAGCCUUUCCUUCGCCGCGCUAGAUUCUGUUCCAGAGAGUUUAGUCGACAAUGCUGCUAUAGUUGGAACGUUCUCUCUGAUAGUCGCAGGUCUUUUUCUUCUCGAUUUAGCUGGUCCAAAAAAGAGACAUACGAAACCUCAACAACCCAAACAACAGAAAAAGAGGUCUAUAGUUCCACCAGAUAGUAUCACAAAACAGGUUUAUGAAGUAGAAAAAAGUAAACAGAAAGUACAAAAAGAAAAAAAGGAAGUUUUGAAACCAUUGGAGAUGCAGUUUCAACCUAAAAUGACAGAUAGAAGUGUGAAAGUAGAAAAAGAAAAAAAUGGGAGGAAUGGUAUUGCAGUGAUGGAGAUGCAGACAACAAAUAGCUCAAACAAAGGUUACCAAAGAAUGAGGGAUGACUCGUUAAGAAAGUAUCCAACAUACGGUGAAGAUGUUGGUGAUGACGGAAGCACAGAAGCUGAGGAAAUGGAACUACCUCCACAAAUGAGUGACCAUUCGCCGGUAUGGAGUAAUAUAAGAAAAGGUGAAUACGGAAAAUACGACAUACUUAAUCCAAAAUACAUAUUAAGAAGGCCUGACAGACUCCACGAAGAAAUUCGGCCGCCCAAUAGCCCUGGAGAUCCAGGUUAUGUACAAUACACUGCCCAACACUGGGGAGAAUAUGGCUCGAGAACUCCCAGACCUAGUCCAACUCAACUCACUCCAGUUUAAUUCCUCCGGUCGAAGAAUUUUUGAUUAUAUUUUAGUAUUAAUUAUGCCAUAUAUAAAUGAAAUGAGUACUUAACAUAAAAAUAAACUAAGAGCCAAAACGCAUAAUAAAUUAAUAUAAUCGCCAAAAUUUAAACGUAAAAAAGGUUGAAAAAGGAGAAAUAAAAAUAAGUAAAUAUGUAUAUAAAAACGAUUCUUUUUGCAAAAUAAUAGUGGUUAUAGUUUAUCCUAAACCCUUUUUUUAGUGCGUCAUUCACUUAGACGUCAUAUAAGAUUUUAAGAAUGUCGCGAAUCACUGCAUGACAUUUUAUUUAAAUCUGACAGUUGUCAGAAAAUUUAUAUUUAUGUUUAUAUAAAUAUCAAUACUUAUAUGAAUAUUUGCCAAAAUAUUAAUAUUUAAAAUAUAUUUUUGUCUCAAAUUAUCUUUAUUCGCAUCAUGGAUUGGUAAACUAUAGAGUAUUGUAAUUAGUAUAGUAUAGUUGAUCCAAAAGAUGGCAUAACCCAGACAUCCAAAGUGAAAGUUAUCCUUCAACACCAAAUUGUUCUAUAUGGUCCACACAAUGUCCAGGAAAAAGUCACACCAUUUUGAGCAUCGGGUUUGGGGGGAGAGGGGGGAGAAAUCGGUAAAUUCGUAGUUUUUUAAGGUUUUCGCCAAUAUUUCUAAAACUAUGCCAUUUAGCAUGAACAACCCUCUAUACAAAAUUGUUCUAUAUUAAAUUUGAAAUAAAAAAGGCCCUAUGCAUAAUCUUUCUAAAAUGAAUGGUUCCAAAGUUACGGAGGUAGUAUUGUAUAACUGGUCCAAAAAAGGCCUAACCCAAACAUCCAAAGUAAAAGUUUUCCUCCAAUACCAAAAUGUUCUAUAUGGUCCACAUAUUGUUCAGUAAAAAGUUACACUGUUUUGAGCGUCCGGUUUGGGAGGGAGAUGGGAGAGAAGCCGGUAAAUUAGUAGUUUUUUUACGUUUUUCGUCAAUAUUUCUAAAACUAUGCUUUAGCGUAAACAAUGUUAUACACAAAAAUGUUCUACAUGAAAUUUAAAACAAAAAAUGUUGUACCCAUAAUUGUUAUAAAAUCAACGGUUCCAGAGUUACGGAGGGUGAAAAGUCGAGGUUUUCGAUACUUUUUAUAUUUUUUGGGCAAUAUUUAUGAUAUAACUAUACCAAAAACCCAGACAUCCAAAGUGAAAGUUAUCCUCCAACACCAAAUUGUUCUAUAUAGUCCACAUAAUGUUCAGAAAAAAGUCACACCAUUUUAAGCGUCGGGUUGGGGGGGAGAUGGAAGAGAAAUCGGUAAAUAUAAAAAGUAUCGAAAACCUCCACUUUUCACCCUCCGUAACUCUGGAACCGUUGAUUUUAUAACAAUUAUGUAUAGAACCUUUUUUGUUUUAAAUUUUAUGUAAAAUAUUUUUCUACAGAACAUUCCUUACGCUAAAGCAUAGUUUUUGAAAUAUUGACGAAAAACGUAAAAAAAAACUACUAAUUUACCGACUUCUCCCCCAUCUCCCCCCCAAACCGGACUCUCAAAAUGGUGUAACUUUUUACUGAACAAUGUGUGGACCAUAUAGAACAAUUUGGCGUUGAAGGAAAACUUUUACUUUGGAUGUCUGGGUUAGGCCUUUUUUUGGACCAAUUAUACUAUACUACCUCCGUAACUUUGGAACCGUUCAUUUUAGAAUGGUUAUGCAUAGGGCCUUUUUUAUUUCAAAUUUAAUGUAGAACAAUUUUGUGUAGAAGGUUGUUAAUGCUAAACCGCUUAGUUUUAGAAAUAUUGACGAAAAACCUAAAAACCUACGAAUUUGCAUAUUUCUCCCCCUUCUCCCCCCCAAACCCGACGCUCAAAAUGGUGUGACUUUUUUCUGAACAUUGUGUGGACCAUAUAGAACAAUUUGGUGUUGGAGGAUAACUUUCACUUUGGAUGUCUGGGUUUGGGUCUAACUAUACCAUACUAAAUUGUCAACCAAUUAUAGCUAUAUCUAUAAGUAUAAGUCACUUUAAUAUGGAAAUACCCUUCAACGAAUACAUAAUUUUCGAAGUUCUAUGUAUAAUAAUUACGGAUGUACGGUUUUUUCUGUCACUUCGAGCUUAAUGCGUUAGAGCGAAUUCGACAAACUAUGACGCAUUGAAAGAAGGGUUUGGGAUAAACUGUAACUCUAGCUAGAUGUUUUACUGAUAUUAAUUUUGUUAUCGAUAAAUUUGAUGAUUCUUUAUAAAUAUAAAGCUUAGAAUAAGUAAAAAGUAAAAUUUGCUCAAAACAUUUCAAAUUAGAAACUAAAAACUUUAACUGCCUUUUGAUGAAAUUUUUGUUUAACCUAGGAGGACAAAUAAUAUACCUAUUUUGUUUUAUAUUCAUUUACUUUGUUAUUAAUUUUUUGUCAAAAUAAAAAACUUAAAAUCAGCACCCUUUGUUUAGUAAUGUAGAAUUAACAAUUAGUUUAUUAUUAGGUACUUUAAAGACAAAUUAUACGCAUGGAUUUUGUAAUUCAACUUACAUAUAAAUAAAUUAAAAACAAAAAUGAC